AGACGCGGCAUAACACCACCACAUCGUGUUAAAUCCAUAUCGAUGGCCACAUUCACACAAGACGAAAUCGAUUUUCUUAAAGCACAUGGCAAUGAUGUCUGUGCCAAAACAUGGUUGGGACUGUGGGAUCCCAAGCGUGCUGUACAUCAGGAUCAACGUGAAUUGAUGAUUGACAAAUAUGAACGUAAACGUUAUUACUUAGAGCCAGCUAGUCCCUUAAAAUCUUUAACAAAUGCCACAAAUCUUAAGACUACAACAUCAACAGCCGCCGCCACAACAUCAGCAACAUCCUCAGCCUCAAUAACAGCGUCUUCAGCGAAUAGUACCCAAAAUAAUACUAAUAAUAAGGCACACAUACAGCUAACACCACCAACAUCGCAACGUACUACAGCCAAUGGUCUGCACAAGACCUCCUCAAGCGCCAUUAGUCGUCCUCAGCAUACAACACCACCACAAUCCCAAAAUGGCUUUUCGAGUUCUCUUUCAAAUCAUAACACCGAUGCUUUCGGUUUACAUAAUGGUUUGAAUUCAUCGGUGGGUUCCAUGUCCACUGGCGCUCUCUCUGAUACUAGUAGUUGUGCUAGUGCCAAUGGCUUUGGGGCAGAGGCAGAUUUUGUAGCCGAUUUCGGUUCAGCUGAUAUAUUUAAUGCUACUGUAGCCAGUUCGCCAGCUUCAUCGGUCGGUUCAUCGACGACAAAUAAUGGUUAUGCCAAAAUACAACCCAUGAAAAUGUCAUCAGCUGCACAUCAACAGUUUAUGAAUGGUCAUGGUGGUGGUGGCGGCAAUAAUGUAUCUACAAACUUACAAAAUGGUAACCUCACUAAUGGAAAUACAGAGAAUUUUGCUGAUUUUGAUCAUGCACCGAUAUAUAAUGCUGCAGGUGAGCUGAUAUGAUUCUACUAUAUGUUU